AUGUCUGCGGUCCUCUCCUCCGCAGUCCGGCUGCCCACCCCUCCUCCCGGCGCAUCGUACUCUCCAGCUCAGUCCUCCAACACCAGAAAACGUUCGCCGCCCUCUCGCUCGCCCUCUCCUCGUCGUCGCAGGUCACCGCCCCGAGGUGGCCGUGAUGACCGCAACGGCAAUCAUGACGAUCGAGAGCCGGACGAGCGCGAGCGCAUGUUACAGGAGAGGUUCAAACCACGCGAGAAUGAUGAAGCGCCUAGGAAACCCAUGACCGAAGACGAGAAGCAGGCUAGUGCUAAGGCCGAGUAUGAGAAGCUGCUGACCAUGCGCUCGGGUGGUACAUACAUUCCUCCAGCACGACUACGCGCACUACAGUCGCAGAUUACGGACAAGACGAGCAAGGAAUACCAGCGCAUGGCGUGGGAGGCUCUCAAGAAGUCAAUCAAUGGCCUGAUCAACAAGGUCAACGUUUCAAACAUCAAGCACAUUGUGCCGGAGCUGUUUAGUGAGAACCUGGUGAGGGGACGAGGGUUGUUCUGUCGGAGCAUCAUGAAGGCCCAGGCUGCCUCGCUACCGUUCACACCUAUCUACGCAACAAUGGCUGCAAUCGUCAAUACCAAACUGCCACAAGUGGGAGAACUGCUGCUUCAGCGCUUGGUCGUCCAAUUCAGAAAGGCAUUCAAGCGCAAUGACAAGGCUGUCUGCGUUUCGUCCACGACCUUCAUUGCGCAUCUUUGCAAUCAGCAGGUUGUGCACGAGACAGUGGUUGCGCAGAUCCUGUUGCUCCUCCUUCAUAAGCCGACCGAUGACUCAGUCGAGAUUGCCGUCGGGUUGACCAGAGAAGUUGGCCAACACCUAGAGGAAAUGAGCCAGCCGAUCGCCGUUGCUGUCUUUGACCAGUUCCGGAGUAUUCUGCACGAAGCUGAUAUCGACAAACGCGUGCAAUAUAUGAUCGAGGUUCUCUUCCAAGUCCGAAAAGACAAAUACAAGGACAAUCCGGCCGUCAAGGAGGAAUUGGACCUGGUAGAGGAAGAGGACCAAAUUACCCAUCAAAUCGACCUGGACGACGAAGUCAAUGUUCAGGAUACCCUCAACAUUUUCAAGUUUGACGCGGAAUACGAGGCGCAUGAGGAGGCAUAUCGGAAACUCAAGGCCGAGAUUCUGGGCGAGGGUAGUGACGACGAAGACGAGGAAAGUGGCACUGAAGCUGAAUCAUCAGACGAUGAGGACGAUGAGCAGGAGAAGCAGAUGGAAAUUAAGGAUCGCACCAACACUGAUCUGGUCAACCUACGGAAGACAAUCUACCUUACCAUUCAAUCCAGCUUGAACUUUGAGGAAGCGACCCACAAGCUUAUGAAGGUCAAUCUGCCUGCCGGCCAGGAACAUGAGCUGCCAUCUAUGCUCGUCGAAUGCUGCUCUCAAGAGAAAACGUACUCAAAAUUCUUUGGCCUGAUCGGCGAGCGAUUUGCCAAAAUUAAUCGACUGUGGACCGACCUUUUCGAGCAAUCCUUCGCUCAAUACUACGACACUAUCCAUCGUUACGAAACGAACCGCCUCCGCAACAUCGCUCGCUUCUUUGGGCAUAUGUUCUCUACCGACGCCAUUGGAUGGCAUUGCCUGUCCGUAAUUCACCUCAACGAAGACGAAACCACCUCAUCCAGCCGCAUCUUCAUAAAGAUUUUCAUCCAGGAUCUCGCCGAAGCAAUGGGCUUACCAAAGCUCAAGGAGCGCUUCCAAGAUGACAUCCUCCGACCAAGCUUCUGCGGCCUUUUCCCAACGGAUGAGCCUCGCAACACUCGCUUCUCAAUCAACUACUUCACCAGUAUUGGCAUGGGUGCGCUCACGGAAGAUAUGCGCGAGCACCUGAAGAACUUGCCCAAGCCCGCCCCCCCACCUGUCGCGGCUGUCGCUGCCCGGGACGAUCAUUCAGACUCUGAGAGUGUCAGUUCCUACUCUAGCUACUCAUCCUACUCGUCUCGUGACUCUCGCUCUCGCAGUCCUCGCUCCGCAGACAGGACCCGCGACCGACCUCGAGGUCGCAGUCCCACACGCUCGGUCUCAAUUUCUCGCUCGCCUCCCCGUCGCAAGCGAGCACGCAGCUAUUCCAGCUCCCCAUCUCGUUCGCGAUCCCCAGCCGGUGGCGCCACUCGAGGCCGACGUCGCUCGCCUUCAUACUCCGCAUCUCCACCGCCGCGUCGGGGUGUCGACAGAGGUCGGGCCCGUGCCCGCUCACCAAGCCGUGACUCACGCUCUCGUUCGCCGCCACCAAAGCGUGCCGUAAGGCGCCAGAGUUACAGCAGCUCGCGCUCUCGGUCUUCGCCACCGAAUGGCAAAGCCAAAGGCAAGCUGGCGCGAGAUGACAGCUACUCGCGAUCGCGAUCGCGUUCCCCUCCGGCACGGCGCAGACGUAGCCCAUCGGACCCGCUCAGCCGGUCUCGCUCACCACCGCCGCCGCGAAAGAGUAACGGUAGCGGUAAGGGUAAGAGUCGCAGAGAUAGCUUUUCGGCCAGUCCCCCGCCGAGGAGGACGAGAAGACGCAACAGCAGUAGUGAAAACAGCCGGUCUCCGCCACGGCCAGCGAGGAAACAAGGUGGGCCUUCUGGGAGGAGGCGAAGCCCGAGCUAUCAGAGAGGCGGUGCUGGUGCUGGUGCUGGUGCUGGUGCUGGUGCUGGUGGGAGGGCGAGGGCGAAGGAUUUUCUCGACUGA